CCGAGGACGCGGCAGGCGCGUGUUGGUGCUCGGGGUGCCAUGCAAGCCACAUGCAACACUGCCGUGGAUCAAGUCCUUAGUGUCUAGAGCACUGCCAAAUCUGCCAACUGGAGGAUAUGCCACCGUCACCGACCCCACCAUUUGGGCUCUUUAAAUCCAAAUCUAAAGAAUUUCCUGAAAUCCGCUCUAGAUCGGUAAACUUCCAACCGGAGGAGCAGAUGGCUGCAUACGGUGCCACACAUCCUCAAGAAGAGGAUUAUUGGUUGCAACAUCAGGAGGGACCUUCCCCUGUCCAAUUACAAUAUGAUCCUAUGCAUGAGUUUCCCCAGGAGCGCCAGUUGCAGCCCAAUCCAGGCCCAGCAAUAGUAUAUCAGCCGAGUGAACGUACUGGAUCCCAGCCUGGGUCCCCCACUACUUCUACUGCUUCUCGGCGUUCCAAGCUUUCCAAAAGAUCUCCUCGGAAUGGAGCGUCCGUCGUCCACGCGGGAGCUCAAGUGGAAAGUUCAGCUGGUCGAACCCCCCCUCACCUGCGAAGCCCACAUAGCGAUUCGGGGACUCUUCCAGGUAGUCCGGUGGGAUUGGGCCAUCCCUCAGGUGUUCAUCAAGUAUAUAUGAACCCAGCUCCACCGACAACCAUAUCCAUCAUCGACGCGCCAUCCAUGACUCCCACUCCUUCCCCUCCGCCCCCUCCACCGAAACGCAAAAGCAGCCUAAAGAGGCUUUUUAUGCCUACCUGGUCCCGCACUUCCCUCCCUGAGACUCGGAAUGUAGGGGGUGAAACAGAUACCCCUGCUGUUGGGGCACAACGACCAUCUGUAGAGCCCGUUCCGGUCUCCAUGCCCAUCCAACCGAAGCGGAAAGGGAGCCUUGCGGGGCGCCUUUUUCGAAAUCGAUCCAGAUCCUUAGUCACGGAACCCCCGGAUCCACAAGAGGAAGUCGUAACAAUCCCUUCGAGGCAAGAAUCGUACGUGGCCCCCAAUCCGCCCGAGAGAAAGCGUAGCUUCGGUCAGGGCCUCUUCCGAAGUCGAUCCCGCACCGCUGCGGUGGAAACUGAGGAUGCACCGUCUGUGUAUUCGAGGGGCGAAUCUCCGACGACCCAAUCUGUUGGGUCGAAGAAGCGUUUUGGCAUAUUUAGGAAGACAUCUCGCGAUAUGCCUGCCACUCCUGAGGCUGAGACUUUCCAUCCAUCAGGAAGCGCUGUGUUUUUGGGUAAUGUUCCGACUCGGAGUUCACUUGAUGACGGAGCCCCAGACUCCGCGAGCGCCAGCACUCCAAAACGAAGCAGGAAUCCUUUCAAUAUAUUUCGAAAGAAGUCGACUGAUUCAAGUCGCGGAAGUGUAGAAGAAUAUGCGCCUGAGAGGGCAGAAUCUUUCCCUCCACAGGAGGGAGUCACACCUACCUCGGGCACUUUCCAAGAUAUGGAUGCCCCAGCUCCCAUAGUGCCGAGGCCUAAGCCGAAAAGGUCUUGGACGGACAGACUCUUGGGUAGGAAUAAAGCUCCCAGAAUCUUCUCUGUUGUGCACGAGGAACCAGAAGAAAUGCUACCAGAGGACCAACCUCCACUGUCACCACAGCGACAACUCCUUACCCUUGAUCCAGCUCAUCAAGCUGACGUGACGCAAUAUCCGUCAGCUUUAUCUGCUGGAGAAGAGCCCCCCCCAGUCGUCGACUUAGUGGCACCACGCGGCACCACUUCUCCACGGCAUCGCUCGGUAUAUGCUCAACUUUAUUGCCAGGGUCGAGCCAUCUUACAUAUUUGCACUAGCCACAGCCUACCUAUCCUGAUGGGUAUCACCAAUCAUUCCCAGAGCGAGCCUACCCACCCAAAUCUCCCCAGCGUCUAUCCUCCAGACCAGCGUCACGCGACGCGCGGAGCCCCCGGGAAUUACUCAUGUCAUGGAGGCGCCAAGGUCCACAACUGGACCGGUUUACCAUGUAUAUCCAUACGCAAGUAAUACUCCACAGGACCCCGUCAGUGCUACACCAGGGCAUCCUGUCAAUGCCGGGAACUGGCGAGUUUCAGUGAGAGGAGGAGACGAGGAUGAUCGAGAACUAUCCCAGACCUAUCCAUACACUGCUGGUCAGGAGGUCGGCGGGCAAUCUCAACACAACCCUUCAACGAUGACAAAGGUCCGGAGUGGAGCUCAGGUUGUAUUACAGCCAGGCCAGGAAUAUGAACUCCCCGCGGACGGAAAUGCUGUAUUAGUGGUUCAAGAAGGCAUGGACCUCGAGGGAAGCCUUUGUCGUACU